AUAUAUAUCAGAUAACAGUUAAGAUAGAGAGUAAACCAAUUAUAACAAAAUGAAAGCGCUCUGCCUCAAGCUAUCCCUGUUGCUUGUGUGCUUUAUUUUAAACCACAUUUUUUUCCUUCCACUCAAUUUUCCAAUACAGCACUCUGUGAUCAGCAAUGACCUUUUAUGGCGUACCCAUGAUGUCUCUCAGAAAAAUCCAGACAAUAUUAUUUUUGUCCUUUUUAAAAAUUGGUCUUUUGUCAUCAUAUUACAUUCUAAGUUUAAAUGUAGGUCACAUUCAAGAUUGAUGUUCUGAGAAACAAUUUUUUUGAUUUGUUUCAUGAAAUGCCAGCCGUAAUCACACACACAGCAGAAAUAAACGCUUGAAAUAUAUUAGUUUGUGUAAAUCUAUUUAACAUGCGAGUUUUAUUUAUUUAUUUUAUUGAACAACUGAAAUUAGCUUUCCGAGUAUAUUCUGUUCACUGAGACAGACCUAAGCCAAAGUGGAUCCGUCAGCAUGAGGUUGGACUUUCUCUUUAAGUCGCGGAUUUAUGCAACAACGUCCCACCUGCCUCAGUUAGGCAGCCAGCACCGUGGACAGCGGACCCACGCCCCGUGCCCCCCCAAACCCCCACCCCCCGCUGCACGGUGGAUCCAGAGCGGGCCCCGAGGGGCAGGGCACCAUCCGUUCGUAAUAACGACCAGCUAAUCCGGCAUCAUCUCCCAUCAUGUCACUGCGGCACUGACAGCUGAGGCAGGGCACCGGCAGGAUGCUGCACCAACACCGCCUCCUCCUCCUCCUCCUCCGCCUUCUCUCUGCCUCCACAGGAACGCUGUUGUUUUGGACUCUCCUCUCGGAAACGUCCCCGGAUGAUCGCGGGUCCAACGCAGCGGCUCGUGUGGGAUGAGAGCCGCUGCAGAGGCAGAUAAAAGGCAGUGAAAUCCCUCCUUGAUCCCCACUCCACGCCUAGCAUUGUUAUCACCAUGUCUCCCCCAGCCUCGGCUGCGACAGCCAGUGAAAGCAGCACCACCACCGUCUACGAAGAGGACACCAGGGAGGAGCAAAGACCCCUCAAGCAAUCUCUGAGCAAGUCCUUAUGUCGGGAGAACUUUUGGAAAUGCCUCCUCCUGUCUGUCCUCAUGUACGGCUGCAUGGGGGCUAUGGUCUGGUGCCACGUCACCAAGGUGACCCGGCUCACCUUUGACAGCGCCUUCAAAGGGAAAUCCAUGACGUACCACGGCAGCCCCUGCUCCGACGGAUACAUCUACAUCCCCCUGGCCCUGCUGGGCAUGCUCUACCUGGUGUACCUCGUGGAGUGCUGGCACUGCCACGUGAAGAACGAGCUGCAGCACAAAGUGGAUGUGGAGGGCAUCUGCGAGCGCAUCCAGAGAAUGCAGCAGGCGAAGCCCUGCAUCUGGUGGAAAGCCAUCAGCUACCACUAUGUGCGCCGAACACGACAGGUCACACGGUAUCGAAAUGGAGAUGCUUAUACCAGCACCCAAGUGUACCAUGAGCGCGUCAACACCCACGUAGCCGAGGCUGAAUUUGACUACGGUCACUGUGGAGUCAAAGAUGUUUCCAAGCAGCUUCUGGGCCUGGAGAAGUCUCCUCUGACAAAGAUGCGGUUCACCAAGUGCUUUAGCUUUGCUAAUGUAGAGUCUGAAAACUCAUACCUGACACAGAGGGCCAGGUUUUUCACCGACAAUGAGGGCCUGGAUGACUACAUGGAAGCCAGAGAGGGUAUGCACCUGAAAAACAUUGAUCUGAAGGAGUACGUCAUGGUGCUGGCUGACCCAGAGCACCACCCCUGGUAUCUGUCCCAGUAUGUAUUCUGGGCUGCGUCUUUCCUCACUUUCUCCUGGCCUCUCAGAGUCUUCACUGAAUACCGCACUGCAUAUGUCCAUUAUCGUGUAGAAAAGCUUUUCGGACACGACUACCUUCCAGUGACUCCGUGUGACGAUCGGCCAUAUUGGCGCCGCAUCCCUCGCGUCAACACCAUUGACAGCACUGAGUUGGAGUGGCACAUUCGCUCAAACCAACAGCUGGUUCCCAGUUACUCAGAGGCCGGUCUGAUGGAUCUGGCCCAGUGUCCCAACAGCUUCGGUGGGAUCCGUCAGAACUGUGAGCGCUGCCACCGGGCCAUCAGUUGCUCCUCUGUGUUCUCUAGGAGCGCCCUCAGCAUCUGCACCGGUGCCAGCUCCCGCAUCCCCUUCAGCAGCAGCCGCUUCUCCCUGGCUCGCCGUUACGGCUCCCAGAGAAGUUGCUUCUGGAGGAGCGGCAGCUUGGACGACCAGGAGAGUCCCAGCGAAAACACCCGCUGCCUGUCAGAACGCCUCGCCACUGACGACGAGGAGCCCCCACACUACGACGACGCCCUGUGCUACCCUGUGCUCAUCGUCCACUGCAGUGAGAACUGCCACAACCACAGAUCUUUCCACAGAAAUGGCUCCUGUGUGGAGACUUCUUUAUGAUCAUACAACCACUGCAAAACACAGUGACACCUCUGUAGCAUGCAUUCACUAUCAAUACCAGAAACAUAGAGAGAAAACAAGCCAGAAACGUCGAUGAUAUCAGAAGCGACUGCCUGAGCUUUGACUUUGUGAACCGACUAAGCAAUAAGAGUGGUUCACUUGUGCAGAAGAAAGAGGAAAACCAAAUCAGCUCAGCUUCCAGGGACAACCAAGGAGACAAAGACUGUUACACUGCACAUCAUUGCCAUACUUCUAGGCACCUGAACAGACCAUCCGAAACCUGAAGCUUUAGUUACCUCAUAAGGUGGUUGGGAUAAUAAUCUCUCAUGUUUCCUCACAAUUUUGCAGCAAAGCAAAUGCUCCUGAAGUAGUGAGAUGGAUAAAGUCAGGGCAGAUUUCAGCAGACUCGUGAUUACAGCAAUAACAGCAAUAACACUAAACGAGGAGAAUCACUAAACAGAAUGUGUAUGCUCAUCACAGAGACACCGAUCAAUACGAAGAGCUCCAAAAUCAACAGAACAGUUUAUCACUUGGUGAUAAAGAGUUUCUCGUUCUUCUAAAGUGCUGUAAGUCAUUUUGUACAUCAACAUCCUUGGUUUUCCAGGAAGCCUUUUACAUCAACGGACAAUAGACUGAAGUUUCAUUUUCGCUUCUGUUUUGUGGAAAAGACACACAUUACCAAAAGUUGUUCAGUUUAACAUUACACAGACUGAUGUAUCUACCUAACUGGACACGACAGUUAUUUGUGGUAUUUUGUUGUUGGUGCUACUUAACAGCAUCUGAGGGAUCUAAUGAUAGUAGAAGCAGUUCUGAUGUUUCACAUACAUUAAAAUGGUCUGGUCUUUACAAGAUUAUAAGGUUAUUUAAAGCACAAAACACACAACAUAUUUCUUGCUGCCAUCAUUUGUUAAACAGAACAGAUCCCAAAAAGAAAAACUUGCGUGGCAGAAAUUAAACAGUUUCAACAACUUUUAAUCAAUUUCAUUAUUGUUGAAGAAAUUUAGUUAACUCUUCUUGAUGAUGCAGCUUCAGGUCAUUGGGAUUUGUAGAUACAGUGCCACUUUCUUUAGAUUCCUUCUUAUAAUCGACUCAGUAACUCAGUGUCCCCCAAAUCAUCACCGCUUCACCCAUUAAUCUAGAACCCAGUAAUGACCAGAUCAUUUUGAAAUUAAAUCUUACGUUAAAUCUUAGAACUGAAGAGCAUUUUGUUGCUGAGCAGCUAAAUCCAAUCACAUAGAUUCCACCUCUACCUUCAUAAUCAAACAAAAACAUGCAUUGUCUGCAUAUUUUUGUCUUAAAUAUUACUUCUGCUGCCUACUGCCACGACAGAAGCUGACAACUUGUGCUACAAACCAAUCAGAUGGACAAAAAAAAAGAGGUUCAGAACAUUUGAACAGAUGAAUGUUAUCUGUGAAUGGACAAAUUUAAACAUUGAGUGGGACAAAGAUGAAAGCCAUGUUUUACUUUGCAUGUUUUCCUACUCCUGAGACACUGUGUUAACAACCAUAAAACAUCCAUGAAUGUACAUCACCAGCAUCAUUAAUUGUAUGUCCAUUGUGUGUCCAUUGUAAAUGAAUGAUGCUUCAUUUCAACCUGUGAAAUGGGAAUUUUUACAGUCUAAUGUGACAGGAGAACUCAGAAUAGCACUGUUACAGUUCUGAAGAAGAUUUUAACUUCUGCCGUUUAAUUUUUCUGGAAUGUCUUUUCCGUGGGUUUUACAGGCUGUUUAUGCAAAAACAUCAAUGCACUUACAUUAAGACAUGCAAAAAUAAACCAAUAUUACAAUAAUGAGUUUUAAAAGCAUCUUACAGAGAGAAAUUGUAUGCAUUUUAGGACAUGACAUCUUGUUCUUUCAUUGUUUUCAACGUAGUGACAUCGGUAUUAUGCACAUGAGACAACUAGACAUUAUAAUCCAUAGUGGAGCUGAAUGUUGAUGUAAAUUAUUUACACUAAACAAAAUAAAUAUUUUAAAUUGGCAUUGUUAAUAAUAUAACAAAAUGGGCUGUAUUAAUAACACAGUUACUCUUGAGAACAUGUAUUGAAAUUUGAAAUAUGCUGGAAAAAUUAAAAAAUGCAAUAAAUGUCCGGGUCUCUCCCGUUGUGUGGUUAAAAA